GUCCCCGUUAACAUCGUCUAGGCAUAAAAUCAAAAAAUACAAAUAAAUUCUCUAUUGGAAAGGGUUACAUUUCUUCUCUCUCUACUUCAUCGUCUUUCGUCCGAGUUCUUUCCUAUCAGAAGUUUGCUACAUUCAGGAUCAAAUGGCUGGCCAUAGGAUUGCACAUGCCACAUUGAAAGGACCUAGUGUUGUCAAGGAAAUAGUUAUCGCAAGUGUACUUGGUUUGGCUGCUGGAAGCUUGUGGAAGAUGCACCACUGGAAUGAACAAAGAAAAGUCAGGUCAUUUUAUGACUUGCUGGAGAAGGGUGAAAUAAGUAUAGUUGCGGAAGAAUAAUUUCUCAAGGAUCAUCUGCUGUGAUUUAGCUCUUCAAUUAAACAUGGACAUACUCUUGUAUCGAAAAGAAUAAGUUCACAAACCAAGUAUUUCUUUGUCCAUUUGUUACUCCUUGUUUGACUAUGAAGUUUAUGAUUUUUAUUGACCUGCUUGGACAGGGUAGAAAUGAAUUUUCUUUCAUCA